CAGGAAAUUCAGAAAAAUUUUUGGGAGAAAAUGGGAUUGCAUAUUAACAAACCUAAGUCAAAUGGAUGUGGCUCAACAAACGACGAGAAUAUCGCUAACUUAGAACUAUUUGCAUCAAUUACUAAUAUUGACAUUGAUCUAUUGAGACAUUUUGAUAUAAUACUGGUGUCGAUUUCGUGCGAAUUUCGCAUUAAUUUUAAAAAGUUCAAUGAUUUCUGUAUAGAUACUGCCGAUUUAUAUUUCAAUAAGUACGAUUGGUACCCAAUGUCGGCAACAGUCCACAAGAUUUUAGUUCAUUCGGCACAAAUAAUGGAGGCGUCUUUAGUACCAAUUGGCUGCCUAGGCGAAAAUGCAUCAGAAGCAAGAAAUAAGUUUUUCAAAAAAGAUCGUAUUGCUCAUGCGAGGAAAAAUUCACGAAGUAACAAUAUUGUCGAUGUGUUUAAUAGAGCUAUGGAUUCUUCUGACCCUUUGUUAUCAAGUAUCUGCUUAAAUAAUCGUACUAAAAAUAAAUUAAUCCGAAGAGUCCCACAUAAAGUUACUGAACUUUUAGAGUUGCCUGCUGUUCCAGACAAUUUAGACGUGGCUUCUACGUCCCGUCAUGAAGAUGAUGAUGAAAAUUGUAGUUCGGACGACGAUAUAGGGAUGCUCUCUGAAUAUUCUUUUGAGUUAGAAGUUGAUAUUGAACAGGAUUUGGAAUAAUGUAUGGUUAUAUUGUAAUGCAUUUAAAAAAUUAUCUCACAUGCCUGUUAUUAAUGUUCUUCCUUAGACAAAUUUGUAGCUGUCGGGAAAUCCGGUUGUGUUUGCCCGAAAUGCACUCACUAA